UAUAUCUGAGGGAGACGUUGACAAAUGAAGUAUGAAAAAAAAAUAACUUAAGCCUAACGCUAAACUUUAGUACAGUGUGUUUUAAUAUCAAAAGAAUACUUCAAUUUGAAGAAACUAUAUGUUAUGAUGUGUUAAGUUAAACACUGGUGAAAAUUCAUUAUUAUAAUUGACCAAUCCGAUACUUGAAAGAACAUCAUGAGCUCAUUUUCAUCUUUUAUAGAACUUUUAGUUAAACAAACGUGUCGUCGAGCUUCACAUGAAUUUGAAAUGGGAUCAAAACAUUCAUCAACACCACAAAUUGUUACCAAUGAGGGAGAUGCCACUGGAAUAUAUUCCCUAGAAUUCCUUAAAUGUCUUUAUGAUAAGCCUAGAGACAACAUUUUUAAGCUAUUGAAGUCAAUAGAUAAUAAUGAUCCAAAUAACAUGAAAUGUAAUGGUUUAAACUGGUUAAAUAGCAAAGAAUUUUCAAAUGCCGAGAGAAGAACUCUGUUAGAAUUCCUUUCCAAGGUGAAAGAUAUGUCACCGUGUAAUUCAAAAAAAUGGAUAGAUUUACACCAUUAUAUGCAUUAUGUGUAUAGAAACUUUGCUAGUAUAAAUCCUGAUCCAUCUACAGAAAUAUUAUCACCCCUUUUUAUUGGGGAAAUGAGAGACUUAGUUAAAACGUUGUUAGAAGAGGACGAAAGCCAACUAUACCUAAGGGUAUUAGCUCUACUAAGGGAAUAUUGUAUUUUUGCACAAUGGAAUUACAGUAAAUCAGAAGGGAAACGCCUUAUAACCAGAUUAUUCUACUAUUACGAGGCUAUGUUAUCAGCUGCCAAAAAUCUAAGUACAGUAUUCACUGAGUUUGAAGUAAUAAUUUAUAAAAAUUAUUCGGUAUGCUGGAUAGACUUCAACACUUGUGUUUUCAUAAGAUAUUUUUUUGAUACAGAUUAUGUUCAAGACAGAAUUCACCAAUGUUUAGAGACUCAAAUUAGUCCCGGUGAUACACCUGCCAUGUUUGGACUCCUAGACGAUUUAAAGAAUUUGUGGAUAAGGGAACAAAAAAGGAUCAGAAAAAUUAACGAUGAUCAUAGUUUGGUAGAGGGCACUGUUGCAUAUUAUAUUGAAGAAGCUAUGAUUGGAAAUCAUAAAAAAGUAUUAACUAGCAACUUUUGGAUGGAAAGAUCCCAACAAGAGAAGAACGACUUAGAUCUAAAACGGCUGGAUCAUCACUUUUUUCGAUUAUUAGGAGAUCCAUUUUUUCAUCCAGCUGGUCCUAUAUUGGAUAGAAAUGGACAAUGUAUCUGUGAGGAAUGUCUAAUUGCAAAGUAUGAAUGUAUGCUAGACGCAAAUGGAGAUCAAGUAAAUGAGAUGGUUUUGAAAAGUUCAAAUCGUUUAACAUAUUGCAGAAGGUGUAGAUGCCUUGUGGACCUGAACUAUUUUCAUCGACAUAUCAACAAUCACGCCAAUACUGAUGAUAACAAUAAGUUAAUGGUCAAUGGCAUCCAUAGUUCUAGGAUACUAACAGAAAAAACUAAUUGUACAAAACUGAAGAAUGGUGGUGUAGCUAUUUAUGAAGAUAUUUCUAAAAAGAAUAUUGAUGAAAAAAUAUCUACUCCCAAGGUUACAAGUAAUGCACAGAGUUUUAGAAAUACAUGUGACAUACAUUUUUCUAAACCUUUACAUGAUCCAAAUGAUCUGAAUUGUACUAAAUUGGCAUUUGAAGAAUUUCUUAAACAAAGAAAUAAUGAAAACUCCAAAGAUGACCCAAUAUUUAAUAAAAAUGUCAGGAACUUCAUAAAAAUUAAAAAAGAUAUAUUUAAUAAUACCACUAAUAUGUCUGGAAAGGUUGUCUUUGAUAAUAGUAUUUUAAAGUCUCCUAGUUCAUUAUCUAAAAAGAACGGUGAAGUCGAUGAUAAAUUCCAAGAUAACCCAAACAUUCCAAAUAAAUGCGAAAAGCCUCUAAUAGCAAGUACAAAAUCGACAAUAGCGAAAAAUACAUGUGACACUCCAUGUAAACAUGAUGAAACGACUAAUAUCUGCCAAGGACAUGAUGAAGUGUGUGACCAUCAAAAAGAAGCCAAAAAAUGUGACUGCACUUACUGUGAAGUUUUUGGAUCGACCGUAGGAAAUUAUACACAUAAAAACAAUGAACUAAGGAAUAGACUACGAAUACGACUACACCAGAGACGAGAGAAAAGAACAAAAGACACUUGCAAAAAUCCUCCUACCAAUACAAAUGUCAGUGCUACUAAUUCGGCCAAAAUAAAGACUGCUAUUAGUAAAUUAGAAGAAAGAGUACCGUUACCCUCUUCACCAACAAAUAUACCUCCUACUCCUUCCAUCAAAUCAUCUGACUCCUCCAUUGCAACAUCCUCGUCAACUUCUGCAACAGAUGAUAUACAUGGAUUGGUUAAUUAUAUUGAAGGAAACUCCGCUUUAAAUAAAAUAGAGUUAGCUCAAAAAAAGGCCGCUAAAAAGGCUCGACAACGACAAAAAAAGGAGGAAGAAAGGAUUAAAGCUGAAGAAGAACAAAAGAGACAUGAGCAAGAAAUUAAAUGGAAAGAAGCUGAGAGAAAGAGGGAGCAUGCAAGGAAACAAGCUGAGAAGGAAACAUCUAAGGCUGCCGCGGAAGCUGCUGCUACUAAAGCUCUAAAAGAACUAAAGAAGAAGUCUAAAAAAGAAAGACAAACUGAAAAAAGGAAAUUGGCACAACAACAAAGACUCGAAGUUGAAUCACCAGAAGAAAAAUCACGCGUGAUCGAGGAAACCAUACCAGCCAUGGUAACAAUUAAAAGAGUAGUUGAAAAUGGUUGUAGCACUCCAACAGUAACAAUUACUUUGAAGGGCUCCACUCCAGAUCAAGACAAACUUCUUUAUACUCUUGUCAAUGGAGCCGACAAUACUAGUAAUAAAUCAAAUGAAGUGGUUGAUACCAAAACAAAUAAGGCACUUAAAAAAAGGAAGACGCAAAAAAAGCAACCAAAACAAAAAUCUACAGAGCCAGCAGCACCAGAAGUUGUUUCAAAAGAACUUAAAGUAACAGUCUCUGUCGAAAUGAAUAAAAAUCAACAAAGCAAUAACGCAGCUAACAAAAAAUCUCUAGAAAAUAACUCUAAGAAAGUAGAUGACAAGAUUAUGAAACAAAGUAAUACAAAUCCCAGUCUCCAUCAGAAUGAUAUGCCUCUGCCUAUUUUAUGUUUACCACCAGGUAUCACAAUAACAAAAGUAGAAGCACCAGUAUUAGGUUAUAAUAAUAAAGCAGAAAAUAAGGAGGGCCAAAAUGGACCCACAAUAAAUGUUGGAAAGUCAGGAGUUAUAGUAGUAGAUACUGAAAAAUUAAUUCAACAAAAACCGAAUACAGUGAUAUCAAAAUUGAGUAAAAAUGCGAAGAAGAAGAAAAAGAAGAAUAAGAAACUUGAGGGUACUUCUUGUACACCUCCAAAUGAUGAUAAAAAAAUGAUAACAUUAAAGAAUCCGAUAUUUCAGUCAUAUCAGCAACCUCAACAAAACCAAUGUUUUGAUAAAAAUGUGGACAAUUGUACGCCUGCUGCAAUUUUUACUAAUGAAAAUGGUAUGGUAACUAUUCGAAGUACUCGUUUACAUCAGUCUCUAUCCAAUGGAAGAUCUGUAAAUCCCACACCUUUGACUUCAAUCCCUCAAUUUCAAGAAUCUUCUGUUAGAUCCCAUGUGCUCAAUCAAUCGCAAGGAUCGGCAGAUGAUGUAAUCUCUGCCUUUAAUGCUCAAGAAAUUCUUUCUGGAUUACCUGGAAUAGAAAUAACCAAAGUAGAUAAGAAGAGUAAAAAAUCUGAACCUGAAGUGAGUAAAUCUUGUGAAACUGCCCAAGUUUCCAUCAUACCAGCAUCAAAUGGUGGUGAUAAAUUCAGUUUAGACAAGGAUGAUUGGCUAUAUGAAAGUGUUUUUACGCCCAAAGAUGUAUUAGAAGAUGAUAUGGAUGCAGAAGAAUUGGAAUUAGAAGCGUUUAAGCGCUUUUGUCAGCAAUCUGUGCCGCCUAAAAGGAAAGAAAAAGUUGCUCAUUUGAAUGUGGCUGAUAUAGUGGUGAAGAAAAAAACUGAUGCUAAUUUUAUUUGAGUUGCCUUGAGUGACAAAGGAAAGUUUUUUAUCAAGAAGAUGUGAUAAUUUAUUAUUUUAUUUUUUGGUUAUUUGCUGUAUUUAUAUUAUUAAUAUGAAAAUCUUGUAUUGAAUAUCUGAUGUAAUUAUUUUUAGUUAGAUUUUUACUUCUUUCUCGUUUCUUGGACCCACAUGCUUUAAGCAAAAUUAUAUCACUGAAAGUUGUUGUAUUUCAUCUUUUAUUUUCAAAAUGAAAUAAAAAUAUUUAUUAUAAAAA